AUGUGUGAUGUGAAGAUGAUUGUGUUCAACCGUUUUUUACGACAGUUAAUUAAUAUUAAGCCUUUAAGAUCAAAUUACAAUCAGCAAUGUUGUAGAAAUGCAAGAUGUAUGUCUACAAUCAAAGAUUUUCGAAAAAGAACUGAGACAUUUUCAUUUAAUGCUGAGCAGAAUACUGAUGCUGAUGCUGAUGUUUUUGGUACUUUAACUGAUAAUACUGAAAUUAAUCAUAAAUUGGAUCGUUUACCUCCAGAAGAUGAUGAUAAAAUAGAAUACGAUAAAGAUGAAAAACACAAACGAUUACAUAUUACUGAGUACCACAAAAUUAUCCAAGAACUCAUUAAACAGCAUAAAAUUGCAGAUGCGAUAGAUGUACUUGAAACGAGGAUGUUAAAAGAUGAAAAAGCAAAACCAGAUUAUUAUAUAUAUAACUUGUUAAUCGGUACUUGUGGUAAAGUCGGUUAUGUUCAAAAAGCUUUUCAUUUAUUUAACCAGAUGAAAAAAAGUGGGAUUAAGACUACACCGGCUACAUAUACUUGUUUAUUUAAUGCAUGUGCUAAUUCGCCAUAUAAGGAUGAUGCAUUAAAGAGAGCUAAAAAAUUACACAAUUUGAUGAGUUUAAAAUCAAUUGAACCUAACAUUUUUAACUACCAUGCAAUGAUUAAAGCUUUUGGAAGAACAGGAGAUUUGUUGACUGCAUUUUCUUUGGUUGAUGAAAUGUUGACGAAAAAAUAUAAAUUAAAAGAUGAAACAUUUAAUUUUCUCUUACAAGCUUGUAUAUCAGAUAAAGAAGCUGGUUUUCGUCAUGCUUUACUUGUUUGGAGAAAAAUGAUAUUAAAACGUGUGCGUCCUUCACUUUAUACUUACAAUCUUUUAUUAAAAUGCACAAGAGAAUGUAGUCUUGGUGAUGAAUUUGAAACACGGAAAGUUAUUGGUCAAAUAAUUGAUGAUCCUCAUUUACUAAUUACUGAAUCCAAACUUGAAGAAAUUAAUACUUCAGAAAAGGAUAUACCUAAUACAUUAUUAUGUAAUGAUAAUGAAAAUAAACUAUCACUUAUUGAGGAGAAUAGACCAAAUCUAUUGGAUGUUAAACCUAAUUUUGGUAACAUUGUGGGUAUAUCUGAAAUUAAAUCCCCUGAAGAAAGAUUAAUAUUAUUAGGUGGUUGUUCAGGAUUUUUAAAAAAUAUGAAAAUCAACAAAAUAAAGCCAGAAAUUAAAAUAUUCACUCAACUUUUAGAAAUUAUACCGCCAACAUUAUCAGCUGAAAAACUCUUAUUAAAAGAAAUUUAUAAAAACAAAGUCGGAGUUGACAUUGAUUUUUGCAAUAUUCUCAUUAAAAAACGAAGUCUUAGAUUUGAUUAUGAAGAAGCAAAGAAUGUAUUAAUCUUAAUUAACUCAGAAAACUUGAGUGUGGAUGUUGUAACAUUUGGUGUUCUGGCAUUGGGAUGUAAAAAUAAGAACGAAGCUAAAGACCUCAUAAAAAUGAUAGCAGAUCAUGGAUUUCGAGUAAAUGCAGAAGUGUUGGGCACUAUGUUAGCACAAGCAUGCUACCAUUUCAAUUUUGCCUAUGUAAUUUAUGUCAUGAACAUGGUCAAACACGAAGAAAUUAAACCCAAUAGAAAAUUUAUGGAUCGUUUAAAUCGUUUUGAUACCACAAUCAAAGAUUUAAUGAAAAAAAGACAAAAUAGAGAAAAAGAGACUCCAGAUUUUAUUCAAAGUUAUUAUUUCAAAGAAGGAUACAGAAAGUUUCAAAAUUUUUAUAAAAAAUGGUCGUUAGAAGUAACAGUUGAUGAAGAACUGCAUCCUUGGGAUCAAUUUAAAAAUCAUAGAAAAUAA